AUGGCCCCCAUCCACAAAGUCGCCCUCGCCGGCGCCUCCGGCUCCGUAGCCCAAGCCUUGAUCCCCGAACUCCUCGCCUCCGGCUUCGACCUCACCGCCCUCGUCCGCCCAAACUCCACCAGCACCCUCCCCGCCUCCAUCCCAUCCAUCCCAGUCGACUACACCGACACCGCCGCCCUAACCACGGCCCUUACAGGCUUCGACGCUCUGAUUUCGACCGUCGGCUCACCGGCCAUUCACCUGCAAACGUAUCUGAUAGAUGCAUGCAUCGCCGCCGGCGUCCGUCGCUUCAUCCCGAGCGAGUUCGGCUGCGAUACUGAAAACCCUCGCGCCAGGGCUUUGCCGGUUUACGGACCGAAGGUGCAGGUGGCGGAGUAUCUUGAAGAAAGAACCAAAUGCACCCAAACGACGUACACGUACAUCUUCAACAACGCCUUCCUCGACUGGGGUAUCGAGCGAAAACUCCUCAUCGAUCUGCACGCCAAGAAGAUGCAGCUUUUCGACGGUGGAGACCGGCCAUGGACGGCUACACCACUGGAUUUCGUCGCGAAAGGGGUGGUGGGGGUGCUGAAGAGGGAGGAGGAGACGAGGAAUCGGGCGGUGCGGUUGCAUGGGGCGAAGGUGACGCAGCGGCAGUUGCUGGAGGUGGCGAGGAGGGUUGUUGGGAGCGAGGGGUGGACGGUGGAGGAGAAGGGGAGCGAGGAGAUGGAGAAGGAGGCGUAUGAGAAUUUGAGGACGGAGCCGGGGAAUGUUAUGGGGUGGGUGAUGGGGUUUUUGUGUCGGGCGAUUUAUGGGGAGGGGUUUGGGGGGGAUUUUGAGGGGGAGAAUGAUAAUCAACUGUUGGGGUUGAAGUCGCUGGGGGAGGCGGAGGUUGAGGAGGUUGUUAGGAGGUGUGUUUAA